CCCUAUCUUCGUCGUUGAUAAAUGCAGCAGAGAUCUUCGACUUCGAGUUCGUUCCGAGCAACAACUGACGAUCAUUGUAGCAUAAUCUUCAGCCCGGCACAAGAGCCACAAGGAAGAUGCUCUCCAGAAAUAAGAUCAAUGGACGAUUCCAGCGGCAGCUUUCUUCCAGUUUCCGAUCCUUCGUGUCGGAAGCGAGAUCACAAUUCGCGAUACAAAUUCUCGGAGAGGUGGAUUCAUUUGAUUCCUUUGAUUCUGCUCCUCGUCCUCUUCAUUCUCUGGUGGUCAUCUUAUCCAGUGAAUUUGGUGAUCAAGGAUGGAGGAAUUAAAGCAGUUUAUGCAAGUGAGUUUCCGGAGGCGCCGAAGUACAUUGAUCAUGUCGAACUUGCCAUUUUAGGAGAUGCCGGAAUGCAGAUUGCUUCGAGUCCUCUGAAUCUAACCAGCGUUGGCGCUCGAGAUUUACGGACACCGGCUAAAUGAAAAGAAUAUCAGAAAAAUAUCCACUCAUUACAAGGUUAUAAAGCAAUGUCAAUGGAGACCGUUGGAUUAAACUAACUAAUUUUAAUUCGUCGGAUUGUCCCGUGUCCGUCCAAUGGAAGGAGUCGUGAAAAAAAGGAUCCGAGACGGCCAGCAGCGAGACAUGGUGAUACGAAGGGCCAAUGGUGGCGAGAUGAAGCGGUCGGCUGAGCCACCCAUCUGUGUUUUCGUCUUCUUUUGGCAAAUCCAUUUCCCUCCCAUCUUGUCC